UACAUUAAUAAUAGUUGGCUUCAUGUUUCAGACUACAGUCUGUGAUGUGCGGUGCUGGUGAUGUCUCUAGAACGCGAAAACCAUGGCUGAACAUUUGAUAUCAGUAGCGUUGGUGCUAGUCGUGGCUGUUUUACAUCAGGUAUGGGCGUCAAGGAUCCUGGCCAUAUGUCCAACGAGUUCUAUCAGCCAUCAAAUCGUGUUUCGUGGGCUGACAAUGGCUCUGAGGGAUAGAGGCCAUGAGCUCGUUGUCGUAACGACGGACCCAGUCGACGAUCCGACUUUGAAAAACUACACUGAGAUAAGCAUCAAUUUUUUAUACAAGGACUUCAUUCAACGUGUGGAUUUUGUUACGAACCGAAAAUACGAAACUUGGUUUGACGUCGUUGCCAAUUGGGCUCCCGCGUUCAAGUCGCAGUCUGAUCGCAUCCUCAACGUUCCAGAACUCAGGAACCUUUACGCACCUGAUAGUGGAGAAGAGUUUGACCUACUGAUUGUCGAGGCGCUUUAUUGGCCUGCAUUUUUACCACUCGCUAAACGAUUUGACGUACCAGUCAUAGGUCUAACGUCUCUCGGUUUGACUACCAAUAAUCAUUACGCAAUUGGCAACCCAGUAUUUUCCUCUCAUUCGUCGCACUGGGACGCUGGCGAGGCUGUAUUGGGAGAGUUGACGCUGUGGCAAAGACUGAAGAAUUUCGUGAGGAUGUGGAGAUAUCUGUACUGGUACAGGACCGAUUACAUGCCAGCCAAUCAGGCGAUUGCAAGAAAAUAUUUUGGAAAUAGUGUACCUGAUCUCCGAGAUCUUGAGAAAAAUAUUAGCUUGAUUUUUGUUAAUCAACAGGCACCGAUUUCACACGUUAGACCAAAUACUCCGAAGAUUAUCGAAAUUGGUGGAUUUCACGUCUCGAAGCAGGUGAAACCUCUCUCGAAGGAUCUUGAGAGGAUCUUGGACAAUGCCACGCAAGGUUUCAUAUACAUGAGCCUUGGAUCAAACGUCAAAAGUGCAAUGUUAAGUGAUGAAAUACGAGAUGAAUUCAUCGCCACGUUCUCAAAACUGCCCUACACUGUUAUUUGGAAAUUUGAGGAUGAGUUCCUUCCCGGCCGGCCAGACAACGUGAUAAUCAUGAAGUGGACACCGCAACAGUCUAUUUUAGCGCAUCCGAAUAUUAAAGCUUUCAUAUACCAAGGAGGACUGCAGAGUACCGAAGAAGCAAUUUCUCACGGUGUUCCUGUGAUCGGGUUACCGGUAAUGUCUGAUCAAGAUACAAUAAUCGAUAAAAUCUCGUCUCUGGGGGUUGGAAAGAAGUUGGAAAUCCUCGAUUUCAACAGCGAAGAUUUACUUGACGCGAUACACUCCGUUGUGCAGGAUGGCAGCUACAAACAACGGAUGUUGAAGUUGCGUGAUUUGGUAAGAGACAAGCCGUACGAUUUGAUGGAGAACGCGGUUUGGUGGACGGAACACGUGAUACGUCACAAGGGUGCUCCUCAUCUCCACUCGACAACCGCCGACGAUCCUUGGUACCAGCGGCAGGACAUGGACCUGAUUUUCAUUAUUUCAACCGCGAUUUUGAUAGCUUUCAGUAUGACACUAGUUUUAUUACAUAAGUUGAUGGUUCGCAGUAUUUUUGUGGUUCAAUAUCGGCUGCCCGGCAGCAAGAAGGACAAAUUAGAUUGAUUUGUUCCACGCGAAUGUCACAAAAGAUGUAUUUUAACAGUGAUAAUAUGUCG